AUAAAUAUGAUGCAGCAGCAGUUGUUUUUCAUAAUUGCGCUUAUUGCAGUAAAGAAAUAAUCUGCCAAAAUGAAAAAUCUCGUGCUUUGCGCCUGUAUUUUAAUACUUGCUUUUCAGUCAUCUAGUUCAGCAAAACUAAAACUACUCAAAGAUAUAUUAGAAUCAAACUUUGGAAACGAUAUUCGAACUUGUAUGGAAGAAAAUAAUGCGACUCACAGUGAUUGGUACGAACGCGAAGACCUAAUGAAUCAUGUAUAUGCCGAACCUGAAAAUGAAGAAAGGACAAGAAAAGUUGGUUGCUGGAUUGCGUGUGUCAUGAAAAAACAGAAUUUCAUGGAAGGAGCAAACAUUAAUGAACAUGAGAUUGCUAAAAAACUACAAGAAAUAUUUCCUUUAUCUUCUGAUGAAGAAGACGAAGAAAAAGAAAAGAUAUACCAAAUUGCAGACAAAUGCACAAGAGAAGUGAGAAUUUUUACGCAAGAAUGUGAGAAAUGUUUCUCUCUGCUUACAUGCGUUGCAAGACGUUCACAGGAAGAACGUGAAAGACAGAGAAACACAGAAACAAAAGAAGAAGCAGCACAAGCUGAAUAAAUACAUUCAAAUGUCAAAAUUGAAGAAUUAUCCGUAUAAUUACUAAUGCAAAGCUGUACUAUACACACAAUAUUAUGUGCACAAUAUAAUUGAAUAAUAUACACACAUA